AUGUCGGUUUUAGUAAACGAUAGCCCCACUAAAGAGUUUGUGGUGGAAAGAGGAUUACGUUUGAAAAUCUUAGUGAACAAGGCGGUGGAUAACGGGGAUUAUGUUGGAUGUAAUGUGAAAGGUAAUUUUUGUGUGGAUGUUUUACAAUUUGCGGACGACACUUUACUUGUGGGAGAUGGGAGUUGGAGGCAUUUGUGGGCUAUCAAAUCGGUGUUAAGCGGAUUUGAAAUUGUUUCGGGUCUUGGUAUCAAUUUCAACAAGAGUAAGCUUAAUGGAAUAAAUAUUAAUCCUUAUUUUUUGGAGGUGGCGACCUAUUUUCUUUCUUGCAAGUUGGAACCAAAAGAGUUCUCUUUUCUUGGGAUCCGCAAUGGCUCUAAUCCUAGAAGGAUCGACUUCUGGAGACCCGAUGUGGAAAAGUUUAGGAAGAAGUUGUGUUCUUGGAAAGGGAGAUGGCUUAGUUUUGGGGGAAGAAUUACUUUAUUAAAAUUUGUGCUAGGAAGUUUACCUAUUUUUACUCUCUCUUUUUAUUUGGCUCCGAAGAAGGUUAUUCGCGAGACUAAUAAAAUUCAAAGCAAUUUCCUUUGGGGAGGAGUAAAGGAGAAGAUAUGUAUUCAUUGGGUGAAGUGGAAAGAUGCAUGUUUGCCGGUGGAUAAAGGUGGGCUAGGUUUGAGAAGUGUGGAAGAUUUCAAUUUGGCUCUUCUUUUCAAGUGGAAGUGGAGAAUUUUGGAGGCUUCUAAUUUUCUUUGGUAUAGGAUGUUGAGAGCGAGAUACGGGGACGUGAAGCUCCGAGUGGUUAUCGAAGGAGGAAGGAGAGAUUGCUCUGAGUGGUUAUCGAAGGAGGAAGGAAAAGGGGCUAUGUUAAUUGAUGGCGUUUUUUCCUGGGCCACGAACAUUCUGUUUGGUUCCGCCGUAACACCUGAUGCGGACUCUGUUUCUGCAAAAACAGCCGCGACUCCUGCAACAGCCAUGGCGUAG